AUGAAGGUAGAGUAUCACAAUUCUUACAACCUUCUAACUACCAACACCACAGCUUCAUCAGCUAUACCUGGUUUCAAAAUGAACAGUAUCUUUGCCGUCGCUCUCUGUUUGGCUUUCGCCUCCAUGACCAUGGCUUUUAACCCAUUGAUGAUGGGUGGUUUAGGAAUGAUGAACCCCUACAUGAUGGGCAUGAUGAACCCCUACAUGACGAGUAUGGGAGGUCUAGGUAUGAUGGGUAUGGGAGGUCUAGGUAUGAUGAACCCCUACAUGAUGGGAUAUGGUGGACUCGGUAUGCUCGGUGGUUACGGUAUGAUGGGCGGUCUUGGUGUUAAACAGAAAUUCAUUGUUGCCAUACUCACAUAGAUUUCUAUUUUUAUAUGCAAGUUAUUACAAUAUAUUUAUUUAUAAUAAAUCAUGUUAAAACAACUAAAUGUGUUCUUAAUUCAAUUAUAUUAUACCGGAAGGGAAAGCAAGCAUUAACGAAUGGAAUAUAGUUUCAUGGGUCAUCUUAAGGAAGGUGUUAUGUAGUUGAAUAAG